AGCCUUCGUAGAUUCUCAUCAUAGAGGUUCUCCCUUCUCCUGUCCCAAGAUGAGUUAGCACUUUAGCUCUUGAGAUAUGCAUUCUUCAUUUUAAUCAAUGACUUUAUUAAAUCAUUAUUUUAAAUUUCUUACCUAACUUUAAUUUAUUAUCAUUAUUAUUAUUAUUAUUAUUAUUAUUAUUAAAAGACUAAAGUGAGAGAUUUUAUCAUGAUCUGUUGCACCCAAAUCAUUGAUUUCAACUAAUAGAGCUGUUUAUCAUCACCUCCAUCAUUAGUUCUCUUGCAUAGCUUGUGUCAACACAUAAGAAUAAGAGAUGGAAGAGAGGGUAAGUAGGUGUAGGCAUGUGUUAAUGGUUCCAUACCCAAGUCAGGGCCACUUAAACCCAAUGCUCCAAUUCAGCAAGCGUUUGAGCACCAAAGGAGAAAAAGCCACCAUGGUCACAACCAUUUUCAUAUCCAAAUCCAUGCAUCUCCAAUCAUCAUCCAUACCAGGCUCAGUUCAAUUUGAUACCAUAUCAGAUGGGUAUGAUCAAGGUGGCUUUGAUCAAGUUGGCAGCGUACCAGCCUAUCUGUCUCGUAUGGAAACAAUAGGCUCAAACAGUUUGAGGGAACUCAUCAAAAAACACAACUCUUCUGAUCACCCAAUAGAUUGUGUAGUAUAUGACGCCGUGUUGGUAUGGGCAUUGGAUGUAGCCAAAGAAUUUGGCUUAUUAGGAGCUGCUUUUUUCACUCAAAUGUGUGCAGUCAAUUACAUAUAUUAUUAUCUCUACCAUGGUCUUUUAAAGAUUCCCAUUUCCUCAACACCAAUCUCUAUUCCGGGGCUUCCUUUGCUUGAGCUAAAAGACACACCAGCCUUUGUUUACGAGCCUGGCUUGUAUCCAGCUUACUUUGAUUUGCUCAUGAAUCAAUUUUCUAACAUCCACAAAGCUGAUAUCGUUCUUGUCAAUUCCUACUACAAGCUAGAGGACCAGGUGGUGGAUUCCAUGUCAAAGCUAUGUCCACUGUUGACGAUUGGGCCAACAGUUCCAUCCUUUCACUUGGACAAGGCAGUCCCAAAUGACUCAGACAAUGAUUUGAAUCUCUUUCAAUUAGACUCAUCAGGCAUUAGUUGGCUCAAACAAAAGCCUAAAGGUUCAGUUAUUUAUAUAUCAUUUGGCAGCAUGGUGUGCUUUAGCACAGAGCAGAUGGUUGAAAUAGCAUUGGCCUUAAUGGGAACUGGUUUCAACUUCUUGUGGGUGAUCCCUGAUCUGGAGAGGAAAAAUCUCCCAAAAGAGUUAGGGAAGGAAAUUAAUGCAUGUGGAAGGGGUUUGAUAGUGAAUUGGAUACCCCAAUUGGAAGUGCUAUCAGACCACGCUGUUGGUUGCUUUUUUACACAUUGUGGUUGGAACUCUACACUUGAAGCUUUGUGUUUGGGGGUGCCAAUGGUAGCAUUACCACAGUGGACUGAUCAGCCUACAAAUGCAAAAUAUGUUGAGGAUGUUUGGAAGGUGGGAAUUAGAGUUAAGGUAAAUGAGAAUGGUAUUGUGAGUAAAGAAGAGAUUGAGCAUUGCAUCAGGGAAGUAAUGGAAAAGGACCUAGGAAAGGAAUUGAAGAUUAAUGCUAUGAAAUGGAAGGAAUUGGCUAUAGAAGCAGUGAGUCAGGGUGGCACUUCAGACAUCAACAUCAAUGAAUUUAUAAAUAAUCUUAACAGAUCCUAAACUAAAUAUCCCUAUUGGUUUCAGUUAAUGUUGAUUAUAGAUUCCCUUAAAAAAUUAUAAUUGAUGGAGAGGCUUUGGAAUUGGAUUGUAUUAGAAUUAUAUUUUCCUUCUGUCAGUGGUGCCUCUAUUUAGUUGAUAAUGUAUUAUAUAUUGUAUUAUUGUAUGUAAACUUACAUAGACACGCUUAACUAGUUGAUAGUAUAAUAUUAUAUAUUGUAUGUAAAAUUUUAUUUUCCUUCUGUCAGUGAUGCUGGAUUCUAUGCAAGAGGACGUAGACGUAGUUGUAAC